AUGAUAAUUAUCUUAUCUAUUGUAGAAGCUAGGCGUGGCCAAAUUAAUAUGAACUUGACCCAGGACAGAGACAAUACCUCUAAAGUUGAGCAGAAUUCACUCAACAAAUCUGAAAUUUCAAAUGCAACCACCGAAACAAACAAUCAUGAAAUUUCAAAAUUAGCAAGAAUAAACGAAUCUAACAUACGUUUAAGUAAUAACUUAAAACAAAUUACAAAAAAUAAUUUUACAGAUGUUAAAUGCGAUAAAUGCCAUGAUUUGGCUCAUUGCAUUUGGCCUGGAAUCUGCCAAUGCCCACCAGGUUACGAGGGAAAUGGUAUCCAGACAUGCAAAAUUCCAACUCCGUAUUCUUUUCAAUACAAGCUUGGAAGAUUUGCAGAAAACUCAACCGUCUAUAUGAAUGUAUCGUAUACCGGCGUGAGUUCUAAGUUUAAUAUUACGCAAGUAUUUUGCAAAAUCGGAAACAUGUCAUUACCAGCUAUAAACUUUGGCCAUCAAUAUGCCAUAUGCAAUACUACAUAUUCCAAGCAUGGUCUCGAGAUUUCCCUCUCCUUUGAUAACAUUCAUUUUGGUGAGGGCAUUGUCAUCGGGAAUUCAUUCCUCUCUGGAUGGUUUUCAUUCAUUGGAAUUGGUUUAGGCAUCAUUAUUGGCAUAGCAGCCUUAAUUUUACUCUUCACUACAAAAUCUGGUCCUUUAGCAAAGAAAGAUGAAGUUAUCCCACUCACAAGAGAUAUAAAUAGGAGUGACGACUUUAACGCAUAA